CCGUGAAACCUCGAAAAUGUGGCGGAAUAUUGCGUUAGUGGCAGUAAGUGCUCUAGUUACAGUUAGUUUCGCUAGUGGUGGAUUUAGUAAUGCAAAAGAAGAGCAGACCGUCCAUGUCAAUCUUACUUCACAGCGUGAAGCAAAACUAGGUGGCCAUGGUUUAGGGACUGUCGGAGGCGGUUUGGGUGGCGGAUUAGGAGUAGGCGGCGGAUUGGGACUAGGUGGUGCAGGAAUUGGAGUUGGUCCUGGACUAAGGCCUGGAUUGGGUAGCGGAGGACUUGGAGGAAUUGGUACCGGAGGACUUGGAGGAAUAGGUACCGGAGGACUUGGUGGAAUAGGAGGCGGCUUGGGAGGUAUUGGUGGCGGUUUAGGAGGGAUUGGCGGUGGCUUAGGGGGAAUUGGUAGUGGUGGAUUAGGAGGUGGAUUACUACGCCCUGGAAACCGGUUCAAUGGUUAUACUCUCUAUUCAGCUUGUGAAGCACAGUUUGGUCCUUCAGGAAUUUGCCUGUCGAGUGGCGAUUGUUCUCGAGGUGGCGGUACAUCGGUCGGUGUAUGCUGGCCUGUUGGAAUAUGCUGUUUCACAACAAUGGCUUGCGGUCAAACUUCUAGCGCCAAGCGGAUCUAUCUAAAUGGCAAUUCGUAUUCAGAGGGACCCGAUUGCUUCUAUCGAAUCCAACCUUAUAGUCAAAAUGUAUGUCAACUUAGAAUUGAAUUCACAACCAACUUCCCUAAAGAGAACAACGAAAAUCAAGAUCCUGUUGAAAUUCCUAUAGAGUGUACCCGAAAUUUCAUCAGAAUAGCAGGAAUUAAUUUUUGCGGAUCUAAUUUCAAACAAAACCUUCAUCUUCCCUUCAGUGUUUGGGACACAUCGAAUGGAGUAAUUGUUGUUCGCCAAAUGGAAACUGCUCAAUCAUUUUGGGAUAUCACAAUUACACAAAUUGAAUGUCCAACUGCUAUUAUUCCAGCACGUCCCGUCGUUAAUGGCGGUUUCGGACUACCAAAUAGAGCAGCUACCAAUAUCGCCAACGUACCCAAAUCGAAGAAUUAUGACUUAGAUUUGAUAGCUCCCCCCGGAUGCGAUCAGUUUUUCCUGGAAGAACAUCGUCGAGUGCAAUCUUUCAACUAUAACAAUGGGGUUGGACCAUACCCAAGAGAAAUAGAAUAUACGAUUUGCAUAAAGAGACGUCCUGACGCUACUUACAUCAGGCUCAAUUUCACCACGUUUUCUCUGGGUGGAAAUGAUAUCAGUGACUGUUACGUACUUAAUCCUGUGACCACUACAAUUCCCCCAUCUGAGGAUUAUUUAAGUAUAGCUCUUCCAGAUCCAGUGGAUACGUUUGAUUUAAGGCCAUUAUAUUGCGAUAAUCAUUUAGCCAACCAAAUUCUAACCUCCCACAAUCCAGGAGUUUUCGCCCUUCACUUCAAAAGCGGUAAAAAUAUGGGAGUUCCAAUGUCAAUGUCCGACAUAAGGGCCUUCGAAUUUUAUUACGACAUUUUCUAGAAUUAAUGAAUUUGAUAUAACGGAGGUGUUUAGUUAAACUUCGAUUUUAGAUGAAUAAACCUUAAUAUAGAU